AUGGCAGAUUCGAUCUACGUGCGUUCUGUCAAUGCCGACCGAGCAAUCCGGCAUGAAGAAGAUAUGAAGCGUCGCCGUCUCAAGGCCAACAUUGAGGCUGAUUAUACUUCCAAGUCGACCCCAUCAAAGAAAUUGCAUCGAAAAGCAAAUGAUCUUGCGGCCAGCCCCAAUGUAGAAGCAAGCCAUGACCCUACGCCCGCAGACAGAUCAACUGAUAAUAGUGCGCAAGAUGAAGUCGUGGGCAAAUAUCUUUCCGCAAGACCUUUCAAAGCAAAGAAGGGCGACAGAUUCAGCUAA